AGCUAAAUCAACAAAAUGCGUUUAUGUGCCCCAGUAUCUACUUCAUGAAGCCAAUGCACAAUGGUUUCUAGUUUUAUCUAUGGCGUAAUUCAAAAUAACAGUUUCCAAAACGUGUGGUACGCCAUUAUGUCCUUCUUCAUGCUAGAAGGUCGGUUAUCCGCCAUUUUGUUUCAACGGAAAAGACAAGAACGCAGCCCGUGACGUCAAAAACGUCACGCAGUAUAAAAGCGAAGUCCCUCCUCCUCGAGCUCAUUCCUGGAUUUGGUCAAAGGUAUGAAUGUGCUUUUCCGAAGACUGAACCGUCGAGGACUUCGAACAACUCUACUCAAAAUCAUAUUUUUUUUCUUCAAGUAAUGGACAUUUGAUUACUAUUUUUGCCUCCAGUUUGUUCCUGAAGAAAAGGCUAGCUCUUAGCUAUCACAGCCCCACCCAUAAGAGUUAUUUCAGUUGAUAUUAAAACCAUGAAGGUUGACGAUAUAAAAUUGAUGAAAUAAGAGAUAUAAGUGCCCGAAAAGCACACUCUAAUACACCCGAGACGCUGAGGACCUAUAGUGUCAAUAAUAUGGCGGGGGGACCAGUGGACCCCAGAGAGAUUUUGAAGGGUGUGGAGGCUCUGCUGGGGAAGGAUGGAGAGCUCCGCAGCCUGGAGGGAGUCCCAAAGGUGUUUAGCCUGAUGAAAGCUUCUACUAAGAUGGUCAGUAGAUGUAUGUACCUGAGCAUCUUACUACAGACCAAAUCUCAUGAUGUUCUUAACAGGUUUAUCAGGGUGGGUGGCUACAGGAUGCUCAACUCUUGGCUCACUUACUCCAAAUCCACCAACAACACUCCCCUGCUGCAGCUUAUCCUGCUCACUCUACAGAAGCUGCCUCUCAAAGUGGACCACCUCAAACAGAACAACACAGCCAAGCUGGUGAAGCAGCUAAGCAAGAGUGCAGACACCGAAGAGCUGAGGAAGUUGGCGUCUGUGCUUGUAGAAGGUUGGAUGGCUACAAUCCGCUCUCAAAGUGUGUCGAGCAGUGGCAGCUCUCCUGCUGAUAAGAAGAAGAAGAAAGAGGAGGGCAAGGUGCCAGUGCGGGAUGUGAAGGAGAAGAGUGGAGAUGAGGAGAAGAAGAAGGAGAAGCCUAAAGCUCAUGCACCCAGUCACGCCAAGAUCCGCUCCAUAGGAUUGGAGAUGGACACUCCGAACCCAGCCCCUGCUAAGAAGACACCCACUGCCCCACAGCUGGGUGACAAGUACAACAUCAAGCCUCCAGUCCUCAAGAGGCCGAGCACUGGUCCAUCAGAUGCUCCACCUCUGGAGAAAAAAUACAAACCUCUAAACACCCCCUCUAACUCUGCCAAAGAGAUCAAAGUCAAGAUCAUUCCAGCACAGCCGAUGGAGUGCACCGGGUUCCUAGAUGCUCUGAACUCUGCCCCGGUGCCCGGCAUCAAGAUCAAAAAGAAGAAAUCCAGUGGCAGUACUCCAACUAAUACCAAGGCUGUCUCCCCCACGUCUAACAAGGCGAAUCCAUUUGACAGCAAACUCUCUGCGUAUUCUUCAUCUUCUGUGAAACCAUCAUCUCCAGAAAGUGCUGCUUCCAUCGCUCCUGUUGAUGAAAACCAGGAGCCGGAGCAGCCUGGGACCCCUGUUCCCUCAGAGGACACUGAGGUCUCAGAUAACGGUGAGAAGCCAAACGCUCUGGCAGAACCACGGGGAGAAGAAGAGAGCUUGAGCAAAAAGGGCAAGAAGAAGAAAACAGUUCACUGGGCUGAGGAGGAGCAGCUCAAACACUACUUCUACUUUGACCUGGAUGAGACAGAAAGAGUCAAUGUCAACAAGAUUAAGGACUUUGGUGAGGCGGCCAAACGAGAGCUAAUGAUGGACAGACAGACGUUUGAGAUGGCCCGCCGGCUCUCCCACGACACCAUGGAAGAGAGGGUCCCCUGGACCCCACCCAGGCCUCUGACGCUUACUGGCAGCCUGGUCACCUCUGGGGCCAACAGCACAGAGAAACUGACCCAGAGAGACCGCGAGAUGGGCAUCCUGCAGGAGAUCUUCCUCAGCAAAGAGAGUGUGCCCGACAGUCCACAUGAACCAGACCCAGAGCCCUAUGAACCCAUGCCUCCUCGUCUCAUUCCUCUAGAUGAGGACUCCUCCAUGAUGGAUGAUGGCUAUGUUGAACCCAUGGACACGACGUCCCAGCAGGCCUCUGCCAUGGCCCAAAACGAGAGCUCCAAGCUGCCACCGGUCCUGGCCAACCUCAUGGGCAAUCUGAGCAACACCUCCCGCAGCCCGCAGGCCACAAACACAGUCAGCAACCCUGUAGCUCCCACGGUCAAUGUACAGGAGCUGCUCUCAUCUAUCAUGGGUGCUUCUGGUAACCAGUCCACUGAAGACUUGAUCAAGCAGCCCAACUUCUCAGACAAGAUCAAACAGCUACUGGGCUCCUUACAGCAGACCCAAAACCAGAACCAGGGUGGACCACCACCAGUCAACCAGGGUUUGCUGGGCCACGGACCAGGCAUGAACAACAUGAACAACAUGAACAUGCACAUGCAGAUGCCCAUGAAUGGCGGGUACCCUCCCAACAACCCGCCCGGCGGUCCUCGCUUCAACCACCCUCCACCGCCUCAUAAUCACGGCCCUCCUUUCAACGCCGGCGGGGGCCCGCGCAUGAUGGGCCCGCCUCCAGGCCAGGGCAGAGGAGAAAAUGGCAACUACUGGGGAGAUGACUCUAUGAGAGGAGGACCUCACAGAGGCGGUCACUUCCACAGAGGAGGACGGGGCCGAGGAGGAGAGCCUGGCUUCAGGGGCAGAGGACGAGGGGGGCCCAGAGGAGGACACAACAACAUGAAUGACAUGUCCAAGAGACCCGUGUGUCGUCACUUCAUGAUGAAGGGAAGCUGUAGGUACGAGAGCAACUGCGCUUUUUACCACCCUGGAGUAAACGGACCGCCACUUCCCCCCAACCACCCUGCUAACAGCCAGCACAACCAGCACCCACAGCAUGGACACUAGGUGACACUGCUCUGCAAACCUGGGAACAACUCUGAGAACUCUUGGCCCUAGAGAGCCGUUCUCUGUGACGACAGACACCAACGUUGUGUCCUCCACUCUGAAGGCCUUCUGCACCACCAGAGAGAGAGAGAGAGAGAGAUAGAGAGACUGAAAAGUCUCUGACAUGAUCACUGAUGGGGCAGUCUGUUUUUAUUGUCAUCCUUUUUAACAGUGAGACUGACACAAGCCACCACACUUGACCACUAUGUCUGAGUUGCAGCAGCUAACUGCCUAUCUGCUCUGUCACUUUCCAUUUCACUAACAUGUUCAACCGACUGGAAGUCUCCUAGUCUGAAGAAGGCUUUCCACACAACUGGUUGUCUUUGCUUUGUGGCUCUUGUACUGUGUACUUACUUUUCAUAUUGCUCUCAUAUUCCCUUUAGUUUGGCUACAUCAUGGGUCAGGUUUGUACAGAACGGUCACAGAUGUGACCCAAACAUUUAGUGAAGCACUUUAUAAAGAAAAUGCCAACAGAAUUUAGCCACACUUCUGAUUAAUUAAGACUGAUGAAAUGUGAUUGAUGAAAAACUGCAUAGUAUUUAAGCUUUAUUUCACCCAGUCCUGAGCAAAUUUGAAAAUGAACUCUGCUGACUUUGGUGAAGGUCUUCCAGCAGCUGGCAUUGAGGAGGAUAUGAAAAAGCAACAGCAGUUUGCAUUACCAUAUUUUAGCUCUGUCUCAGCAGCUCAUAUUCAAACCGUCAACCUGGUGUGUGUGCGUUUGUGUGUGUGGCAUGACAAUCUUGAAACAUGUCAUGAUCCCGUCAGAAGAGCAGCUAUUCCCUGAUCUCAGAUCUGAACCCAGGAGGGCUUCGUUUGUCAGUGUUAAGAGUCAGAUGAAUGGGUAACUACUCUAAGGCUCAGCUAUAUUGAGUGUUUUCUGUGAAAACAAUGACCUCUGUGUCUCUUGUGGGACUGCAAGAAUGUUAUGGGUUGUUUUUUUGCUCCUUUCACCCACCAUGUUUUUUUAUUUUUAUUUUCAUGCAAUCUUGAUAAUGUUGGCCCUUUUUAGGAUGUGCUCAGUUUUUCGUCAGUAUGAAUUGUUUGUAAGAAUACCGAAUCCACAUUCAUAUGGUCAUAUUUUCCGUUGAAUUAUUUUGUACAGUGUAUUGAAUAAAUGUCAAAACAUA